AUGGACUACACCUUCCAGAAUCUGCUUGGCGCUCCUUACAGAGGCGGGAACGCCGUCAUCAUCCAGAAUACUCAGCUAAUUUCACCGGUCGGCAAUCGCGUCUCCGUCACCGACCUCAACAAGCACCAUACGAUUACUCUUCCGGUGAGCUCCUCUUCCAACAUUUGUCGCCUCGCCGCCUCUCCUGACGGGACUUUCCUAAUCGCCGUCGAUGAAAACAACCGAUGCCUCUUCAUCAACCUGCCUCGGAGGGUGAUUCUCCACAGAAUGACCUUCAAGGACAAAGUCGGUGCCUUGAAGUUUAGCACCGAUGGCGAAUAUAUCGCCGUCGGAGUUGGUAAGCUGGUCCAGAUAUGGAGAUCACCUGGUUUCAGUAAAUUGGUUUUCGCCUUUGAGCUGAUUAGGACUUUUGCUAACUCUGAUGAUAAAGUUGUCUCUUUGGAAUGGAGCUUGGACUCUGAUUAUCUCCUUGUUGGCUCAAAGGAUUUAGCAGCUAGGUUGUUUUGCGUUAGGAAGCUGAGAGGUGUAUUGAAUAAGCCCUUUUUGUUUGUGGGGCAUAGAGAUUCUGUUGUGGGUUGCUUCUUUGGUGUUGAUAAAUCGACUAACAAGGUCAACAGAGCCUUCACGAUCGCACGGGAUGGUUACAUGUUUAGCUGGGGCUAUAGUGUAAAGGAUGUCAAGAUGGAUGAAUCAGAAGAUGUCCCGUCUCCUGAUACUCCAGAGAGGGCUGAUGUGGUGAUGGCUGAAAAUGGUGGUGGUAUUGUCACUAAUCAGAGGAAACGAAAAGAGUAUGACGGUAAAGAUCGUGACUUAGAGGGAGAAGAAGAAGAUUAUUUGCAUAGAGGGAAAUGGGUUUUGUUGAGGAAGGAUGGGUUUAAUCAGGGAGGAGCGAAGGUGACAGCUUGCGACUACCACAAGGGGCUUGACAUGGUUGUGGUGGGGUUCUCGAAUGGUGUUUUCGGGCUUUAUCAGAUGCCAGAUUUCAUCUGUAUCCAUCUGCUGUCUAUCUCCAGGGAGAAGAUAACAACAGCUAUCUUUAACGAGCGUGGUAAUUGGUUGACGUUUGGUUGCGCGAAACUCGGUCAGCUGUUAGUCUGGGAGUGGCGAUCUGAGAGCUAUAUACUGAAGCAGCAAGGACACUUUUUUGAUGUGAACUGUGUCACUUACUCACCUGACUCACAGUUCUUGGCAACUGGUGCUGAUGAUAACAAAGUCAAGGUGUGGAACGUUGCAUCAGGGUCAUGUUUCAUAACCUUCACAGAGCACACCAAUGCUGUCACUGCUCUUCAUUUUAUGGCUGAUAACCACUCCCUCUUAAGUGCGUCUCUGGACGGCACUGUUCGUGCUUGGGAUUUUCGAAGAUACAAGAACUACAAAACAUAUACAACCCCUACACCACGGCAGUUUGUUUCCUUAACAGCAGACCCGAGUGGUGAUGUCGUCUGUGCUGGGACCCUAGAUUCAUUCGAGAUUUUUGUAUGGUCCAAGAAGACUGGCCAAAUAAAGGAUAUUCUGAAUGGGCAUGAGGCUCCUGUUCAUGGGUUAAUGUUUUCUCCCUUAACGCAAAUUUUAGCUUCAUCUUCAUGGGACAAAACUGUUCGGUUGUGGGAUGUGUUUGCCAGCAAAGGCACAGUGGAGACGUUUCAACACAACCACGAUGUUCUAACAGUUGCUUUCCGUCCUGAUGGAAAGCAAUUAGCUUCCAGUACGCUAGAUGGUCAGAUCCAUUUCUGGGACACCAUUGAGGGUUUGCUGAUGUACACCAUAGAGGGGCGGAGAGAUAUUGCUGGAGGCCGUAACAUGACCGACCGUCGCUCUGCAGCUAAUUCAAGUGCUGGAAAAUGUUUCACAACAUUGUGCUAUUCUGCUGAUGGAAGUUACAUUCUAGCCGCAGGAACUAGCAGAUAUAUUUGCAUGUAUGACAUCUCGGAUCAGGUUCUGUUGCGCCGGUUUCAAAUAACCCAUAAUCUCUCGUUAGAUGGUGUUCUUGACUUCCUCAACUCCAAGAAGAUGACAGAAGCAGGACCAAUGGAUCUGAUUGAUGACGACGACAGCGAUGAAGAAGGUGGCAUAGACAAACAAACUCGAGGGAAUUUGAGUUAUGAUCUACCUGGAUCCAGGCCUAACCGGGGCAGGCCCAUUAUCCGGACAAAAAGCAUCAGCAUUGCCCCAACUGGUAGGAGCUUUGCAGCUGCAACGACGGAAGGAGUUCUCAUCUAUUCAAUCGAUGAUUCCUUCAUCUUUGAUCCAACCGAUCUUGACAUGGACGUGACACCAGAUGCGGUUGAGAAUGCAAUAAAGGAGAAUGAAGUGAGCAGAGCACUUGCUCUGAGUAUGCGUUUGAACGAAGACAGCCUCAUAAAAAAAUGCAUCUUUGCUGUUGCUCCUGGAGACAUAAAAGCUGCUGCAAUCUCUGUCAGCCAAAAAUACUUGGAAAGGCUUAUUGAAGCUUUGGUGGAGCUGCUUGAGAACUGUCCUCAUCUAGAGUUCUUACUUCACUGGUGUCAGGAAAUCUGCAAGGCACACGGAAGCUACAUUCAACGAAACUACAGAAAUCUACUGCCUGCACUGAUAUCGCUGCAGAAGGCGAUCACCAGAGCCCACCAGGAUCUGGCAGAUAUGUGUUCUUCCAACGAGUACACGCUUCGCUAUUUAUGUUCUGUUCCAAACGAUCAUUGA